UCUGGCAAAAUCCAGUAGUUUGAUCAACCUUUCGGUGUCCGGUUAUUAAAAAAAAAAGUAUCGAAAUUCUAGAGAGAUAAGUAAAUCAAUUGUUUCGGCAUGUCUAGUCUUCAGCGGUCAGCUGGCAGCCCGCAAUCGCUUUGCGGUCCACCGCAAGUGCCACAAAACUAUGUCUAUGGCAGCGGACUAGUUUUCGGUGGCAAUGUGUAUCCUGUUCUGGUGAACGGUUACCCCAUGCAGCCGCCUAUGGUCGCUCAUCAGGUGGCGGGACAGCAGCGCAUUCAGAUGCAACAGCGACCGAGGAGUCCGCAGAUCCCGGGGAACACACCCAUUGUUCUUCCCCAACAGCGGCCAUGUCAGUUAAGUGGCGCCCGCGUAGGGACGCGAUGUCCUGCGCCCCAGAACACGGCCAAACCGAAUCAGGCGAGCUUUGUGAAGUUUCCAGCUCCUGUAGUCAGCCAGCAAAUGCGUAUGCAACAGCAGCAGCAGCAGCAACUGCAGUUGCAGGCGCAGAUUUUCCAGCGACAGCAAAUGCUGGCGGCCAUGGGGAAUUCCUACAGCGAUUGCGGCAAUUACAACCUGCAACAAAAUGCGGGCGAGUCCGAGGGAUGGAGUGGCUACGCCAUGAUGAGUCCCAUGGAUGCAACUAAGCCCUAUUCCUUCGGCUGGGGCCUCACCAAUUGAGGCUCUUCUAGUUGUAUCUGUGGAAAUAUUAUUUAUUUUGAGUUGUAAGGAGUGGAAAACUAAUCUAAUCAAAAUAUGGUACUGAGCUUUCUAAUCAUCCUAAAGGAA